UGACACUCGCGAACGUCGCCCUCGGCAGACCGAAAACAACCCAAGUGUGUGUGUUGGUGGUCAAAACAACAGCAGCCGUGCCACGCCGCGCCCCCACCCCCAGCGGCGCCGUCAUGUGGCAAGAGGCCCGCAAACAUGAGCGCAAGCUCCGUGGCAUGAUGGUUGAUUACAAACGCCGAGGAGAGCGGCGGAGAGAGUACUACGAAAAGAUCAAAAAAGAUCCAGCUCAGUUUCUCCAAGUUCAUGGCCGAGCCUACAAGAUCCAUCUGGAUCCUGCUGUAGCGAUGGCUGCAGAGAGCCCCGUCAACAUGAUGCCAUGGCAGGGAGAUGGCAACAACAUGAUUGACAGGUUUGAUGUCAGGGCUCACCUGGACUACAUCCCCACCUACACACCUCCUCUGCUCAGCACCUCAACCUCGGAGCAGGAGAACGAGGAGAGAAAGUGCAAUUAUGAGCGAUACAGAGGCCUCGUGCAGAAUGACUUUGCAAACAUCUCUGAGGAGCAGUGUUUGUACCAGAUCUACCUGGAUGAGCUCUACGGUGGCCUGCAGAAGCCAAAUGAGGACGAGAAGAAAAAACUGGCUGAAAAGAAGGUCUCUAUUGGUUACACGUAUGAGGACAGCACUGUGGUGGAGCCAGACCCCGAGUCAGACAAAGAUGGAGGACAUUCAGAGAGUGUAUCCGAAGAGGAUGAAGGUAUCCCAGAUAUUGAUGUGGAGGUUGAUGUUGAUGAGCUGAAGCAGGAGCAGGUGUUGGACAUCAACAAAAUUGCAACCCCAUAUGGAAUGGCUGAAGGAGACUUUGUUAGGAUGUUGAGGAAAGACAAGGAGGAAGUGGAGGCCAUCAAACACGCCAAGGCUCUGGAGGCAGAGAAGGCCAUGUACUCUGGCCGGCGUUCCCGCAGACAAAGGAGAGAAUUCAGAGAGAAGAGACUAAAAGGCCGACAGAUCAGCCCACCAAGCUAUGCAAGGAGAGACAGCCCAACAUACGAUCCCUAUAAACGGCAUGAGUCAGAGUCUAGCUCUGAGUCGCGCUCUCGCUCUCCCGGUCCAGAGAAGAUCACCUUCAUCACCAGCUACGGAGGCAGCGACGAUGAAGCAGUCGCCGCGGCGGCGGCAGCAGCAGCAGCAGCCGCCGCUGUAGCGACGGCAGCAACAGCGGCAACAGCGGCAACAUUAGCAACUGCAGCGGUAGCAGCGAAAGCAGCGGCGACAGCGAAAGCAGCGGCGGCGGCGGCGGCAGCUGCAGCCACACAAACGAGCGGUCCUCACUCUGGACACGUCCCCUCCAACUUGCAACACCCUGCAGGUCAUAGCAGGGGCUCCCGGAGACGGAGGUCCUCCUCCAGUCGCUCCCCUUCCUCCUCCUCCUCCUCCCGCUCUUCAUCUCAAUCCACUUCUCGCUCUUCCUCCCGUUCGCGGCGUACCCGACGGGGCCGCGGGGGAAGGGACGAGCGCCGAUCCAGGACCCGAUCGCGGUCGAGGCGGCGUUCCAGAUCUCACUCCCGGGGUAGAGGAGGGAACGGAGGGGCCGCAUCCUGGAGGAGACGUGACCGGACACGAUCGCGCUCCACCGACCGAGAGAGGGAGCGGGAGCGAGAGAGGGAGCGGGAACGAGAAAAAGAGAGGGAGCGGGAAAAAGAAAGGGAGCGAGAGAGAGACAGGGACCGAGAUAGGAGACGGCAGUCGGCACGCAGACGGACGAGGUCUCGCUCCAGCUCCCGGCAGGGGGGCAGCUCGAAGCGAGGCGGUCGGAACAGUGGAGGCCACCGGAGGGCGGACAGCGGCAGCCGCAGUCCCUCUCAGUCCCCCAGCCACCCCGACCACAGUCCCUCCCCUGACAGAGGAGGCCUGCCUUCUACCAACACUGUCCGUGACAAGCUAAGAAAGCCUGAUACUCCGGGUGGUAAAGAGACGGGAGCUGCCAAACCCAAGAUGACCCCUCAGGAGCGGCUGAAGCUACGAAUGCAGAAGGCGCUCAACAAGCAGUCCAAGGCGGAUAAAAGAGCCGCUCAGGUGAAGAUCCAGCAGCAGGAAAACAAAAGACAGGAGCGGGAGGGAGAGCUGCGAGCCAUGGCACGCAAGAUACGCAUGAAGGAGCGGGAGAGGCGUGAGAAAGAGAGGGAUGAAUGGGAAAGACAGUACGGGCGACAGAGCCACUCGCCUUCUCCUUCCAAUUAUGGCCGAGAGCACAACUCACACAGAAGGAGGUCCCGGUCCCAGUCUCGAUCUCAGUCCCGGUCUCGCUCCCGGUCCCAGUCCCACAGUCCACACUACCGGCACUGAGCUGUGGGAAACAUGGAGGCAUCAUAGAACACCUUCAGUAAAAAAAAAUCCUCGUCAUUAGCACAUACUGUCAAAACAAGCAGCCGAUUGCGACACAAAGAGAUGGACUGACUGACACAAAUCUUUACUAUGUUCUCUGGUGUGUGUGUGUCUACAGAACAUAACAUUAUGACGAUGAUGCCUUUAGUUUCACUAACUACACAACAACAAUUGUUUGAGCCAAGCAGAGUUUGAUCUGCCUUUCUCUUAUAUUGUUUUGCUUCAUCUUGUAAAGAGACUGCAAGUUUAUUUAAUUAGUUUCUGGUUUCUUCUGCAUGCUCCUUUUUUUCUUCCUGACCGGUUCUCUCUUUCAAAGUACAUAAUAGUUAUGCAAUAUCUAACCUUUAACAUCUUGUCCUCUUCUUACUUGUCUUUAAGGUUCUCUAAACACUCGCACUAAAGACCAUUUUAAACAGUUGAGCUGAUGUACAUGAUAUUUAUACACCUCCAUUCAAUUGUUUAUUGAAGAACAUUUAGUCAGUACGUGAGAUCAAUCCAUCCACCCCUCGUUUUAUACUCUGUCCUCUGCCAACCGGUUAACAGCAGCAAAUAGCCUUUUUGUUUUCAAUAAUGUUGAAUGUAAAAUACAGAACAACCAAUAAAACGGACUUUGAAAUGA